AUGAAAAGAGAAAGAGAAGAGGAACAAGAAGCUGGAAGAGAAACUGUUGAAACGACGACGAACAUGGACACGACUACUACACCUGUAGAAUCGAAUGAUACUACUACUACUACUACUACAUCUACAACUACAACUACUACAGAUAAUACUUCUACAACAACUACAACUACUACACCACCAAAUGAAAUAAAUAAGAAUCAUAAUAAUAAUAAUAAUAAAAAGAAUAAUAAUCAUAAUCAUGGUAAAAAGAAUAAUAAUAAUGGUAAAAAGAAAGGAGGAGGAGGAAAUAGUAAAGAAGAACAAAAGAAAUGGGUAGAUGUUAAUUACAAGUUUUGUGAAGUAAAGGAGAAACAAGAGGUAGAGGAUCAUAUGAUUCAAAAGGAGACUAGUUGGCAAGACGUUGAUUGGGAUCACGUUCGUGAACAAAUUGCAAGUUCGUUGGUGUCGGCCGAAACCGAAUGCAUGAAUGACGAUCAGAAAUCAGAGUAUGAAGAAAAGGCAAUGAACUAUUGGGACUUGUUCUAUCACAAGAAUCAAGAUAAAUUCUUCAAGGAUAGAACCUACUUGCAUAUGGAGUAUCCAGAGUUGAACUACUUUAAUCUUACUCGUCCACAAACAACUCUCUUCUUUCACCAUCUAAGAAAGAAACAACAACAACAAGAACAAGAAGAAAAAGAAAAACAAAUGAAACUUAAUGAAUCAACUACAACGAGUACAACUACAACUUUAGAUAAUAGUUCAACUAAUCAACAAGAAGGUGGUGAAGAAGAGAAUGGUGGUAAUAAUAAUAAUGAUCAAGCAGAUUUACAAAGUAUCAAUUCAGAGGAACAAGAAUUAUUAAAAACAGAAUGGGAUUCAACACCAGAAUGUACCAAACAAACUGCUAAAAAGAUUGUAAUGGAAAUUGGAUGUGGUGUUGGAAACACUGUCUUUCCACUUUUAAAACUUAAUCCUGAAAAAUACUUUUAUGCAUUUGAUUUCUCUCCUCAUGCUGUUAGUUUAGUAAAGUCACAUCCAUUAUAUAAUGAAGAUAGAGUAAGUGCAUUUGUUUGUGAUAUUGCAAAGGAAGCAUUACCAUCAAUCAUUCAAGACAAUUCUAUUGAUUUGAUGAUGAUGGUGUUUGUAUUGUCAGCCAUCAGUUUUGAAAGAAUGGAUCAGGUCAUAUCGACACUCUUCAAGGCACUCAAGCCAGGAGGUAUAAUCUAUGUACGUGACUAUGGACUCUAUGAUAUGACCCAACUCCGUUUCCUCGCCAAAAAGGGACGCAAGUUGGACCAAAACUUUUAUCUCCGUAGUGAUGGUACCAGAACCUAUUUCUUUACGACCGAAGUAUUACAAGGUCUCUUUGAAAAGGCUGGAUUCACAACUCUUGUCAACAAAUACGAUACAAGAGAAUUAAGAAAUCGUAAGAGAAUGAUUUCAAUGUACAGAGUUUGGAUUAGAGGAAAAUUCAUGAAACCUUUGGACGAAACUACUAGUACUACAACAACAGACACUGCUACUGAGACUACCACAUCGACGACUACAACUACCUCAAAAUAA